AUUUUUUUCUGCGUCACCCAAUCUACUUUCUUCCUUUCACUUUCCCUAACGCUAUAAACGUGCAUCGCACAAAGUCUUUUUCCACCACGUCGAUCCUACGCCCUACAACCACUACUUCAUCCUUGUCGCCUAGUUCAUCUAUCAGCGUCAGGAUGGCCGGUCAAUCCUCUUCUCAUCACGACGAGCGCAGGCACCGCAGCGACCGCGACCGUGAACGCUCGUCAUCCCGCCACCAUAGCAGAACCGUCUCUUCAACCACCCUUCUUCUCGUCCUCUCCCUUAUCCUCGCCGUCUUGGCCGUUAUGCUUUCCCUCCCAUCCGGUGGCGGUGGAGGUGCCAGUGCAGGCGCUGGGUCAGGUGGCGAAAACGCCGGUGUAUUGGGCUAUCUCACCCCUAAACGAAACCAGGCGCUUAUUGCCCGCGAGAGCGCUGUCGCCGUUCGUGAGGCCGAAGUUGCUCGCCGUGAGGCUGAACUCUUGAUUGGUGCGCCAGGUGGUGUCAUCCCCACUCCCGCCCCCGGCAGCGUCGCAGUUUGCCCUCCCUGCAUUCAAGCCACCACUAUUGAAACCGUUACCGGCCCCGUCCAAACUGUCAUUAAGGAAAUCGUCAAGGAAGACUCCCUCACUCCUCCUGGUUGGCAAGCUCCUCGCAUCGAAGACAUCAUCGAACGAGAACUCAAGAUUGCCGAGCGUGAGCGCGAAAUCAGCAAGCGUGAGGAGCAGGUCAACCGCCGCGAGCAUGACGCUUCUCGUCGCGAAUCCUGGAUUAUGGAGCAACUCUAUGCUCUUGGCAAUGAGGUCCCCCAAAGCGUCGAAGAAGAGUAUGUUUACGAGCAACAACCGCCCGUUAAGCGCCACGUGAAAGCAGCCAAGCAAAUGCAAUAUCAAGAACUCCCUCCUCACGUUAUUGAAGAAAUGGCCUAUGGUGGCCCCCCUCAACCCGUACAGACCAAGGUCAUUGUCGAUGGCCCCGCUCCUGCCAGCACUCGUCCAGCUCCGUUCCCAACUCCCGAAGCGGCCUCUCAUUCUGCCACUGAAGCAAGCCCUCGUACUACCGCCGUCGAAAUCGUUCGAGAAGAGGCUCCACCCAAGCCCAAGCCUAUUCUCCGUGGGCCCCCUCCUCGGGCUCCCAUGCGACCUCACGGCGGUUGGUAAAAAACGAAUGGCUGGUUCCAACUUUUUUGUAGUUUUAUCACGACACGGACUUGUUUCAUCUCCCCUUGCUCAUCUUACGAUUCGUUACGCUUUGGAUAGAACUUUUUUACGACGACAGCUCCGCAUACAGAUAGUAUUGGUAGCGAGACCCCUCUGUACUAGUGUACUCACUUUUUCCUUUGGCUCUUACGAAUAUACAUGCUACGUUUUUAA